CUGUCACUUUAAGUCCAGCCCCUGCGAGAUAGCCAAUGGGAGCCAAACCAUACAUCAGUCUCUCAGCCUUAAAGCUACAGUAGGGUUAGUGGGCUCCAAGUCUCCGGUGCCCCAGCCUCCUCCACCGCGCGUCGCAUCCCCUGCGCCCGCUCGCUCGCUCGCUGGCAGCGAGUGUGGAUGAGUGGGAGCCCGGAGCGGGUGCGCGCACGCUCGGCUCCCGGCCUCCUCUCCACCCCCACCCCCACCACCACCAUCCCGCACCUCGUCCCUGCCUCCCCCACUCUGCCUUCUCCCGUCCCGGUGCCCCUGCCCGGAUCGGACCGCACCUCGCCGCCGCCGCUGCCCUUCACUCGUCUUCCGCGUGAUUUCCCCCCCGCCGCCGCCGCCGCCGCCGCCGCCUGCCUCCACCCGCUGGGAAUGCUAAGCCGGGACUGAUGGACGUGUCCGAACUCUGCAUCCCGGACCCCCUCGGCUACCACAACCAGACAGUCCUAGGAAGCAGGUGCUGUGAUUGGAGGACCGGGAGGUGCAGAGAGGGUGACCUGGCCAAUCAGAGUCUACAGUAACAUGGAGAAUAAGUGGCUGCUCAACCGGAUGUCCGCAGACGACCGGCUCCUGGGCUCCAGCUGCAGCUCUUUCAUCAAAACGGAGCCGUCCAGUCCGUCCUCGGGCAUUGAUGCCCUCAGCCACCACAGUCCCAGCGGUUCAUCGGAUGCCAGCGGUGGCUUUGGCAUGGCCCUAGGCACUCACGCCAAUGGUCUGGACUCGCCACCCAUGUUCACAGGUGCAGGGCUGGGAGGCCCUGCGUGCCGCAAGAGCUACGAGGACUGUGCCAGCGGCAUCAUGGAGGACUCGGCCAUCAAGUGCGAGUACAUGCUCAAUGCCAUCCCCAAGCGCUUGUGUCUAGUGUGCGGGGACAUUGCCUCUGGCUACCACUACGGCGUGGCCUCCUGCGAGGCUUGCAAGGCCUUCUUCAAGAGAACCAUCCAAGGAAACAUCGAGUACAGCUGCCCGGCCACCAACGAGUGCGAGAUCACCAAACGGAGGCGCAAGUCUUGCCAGGCCUGCCGCUUCAUGAAGUGUCUCAAAGUGGGGAUGCUGAAGGAGGGCGUGCGUCUUGACCGAGUGCGUGGAGGCCGGCAGAAAUACAAGCGGCGGCUGGACUCGGAGAGCAGCUCCUAUCUGAACUUACAGAUUUCUCCACCCGCUAAAAAGCCAUUGACCAAGAUUGUCUCAUACCUACUGGUGGCUGAGCCAGACAAGCUAUAUGCCAUGCCUCCCCCCGAAAUGCCUGAGGGGGACAUCAAGUCUCUGACGACGCUGUGUGACCUGGCAGAUCGGGAGCUUGUGGUCAUCAUUAGCUGGGCCAAGCACAUCCCAGGCUUCCCAAGUCUCUUGCUUGGGGACCAGAUGAGCCUGCUCCAGAGCUCCUGGAUGGAGAUCCUCAUCCUCAGUAUCGUGUACCGCUCACUGCCCUACGACGACAAGCUAGUGUACGCGGAGGACUACAUCAUGGAUGAGGAGCACUCCCGCCUGGUGGGGCUGCUGGAGCUCUACCAGGCCAUCCUGCAGCUGGUGCGCAGAUACAAGAAGCUCAAGGUGGAGAAGGAGGAGUUUGUGACCCUCAAGGCCCUGGUCCUGGCCAACUCAGAUUCCAUGUACAUUGAGGACGUGGAGGCAGUGCAGAAGCUGCAGGACCUGCUGCACGAGGCGCUGCAGGACUAUGAGCUGAGCCAGCGCCACGAGGAGCCACGGAGGACGGGCAAGCUGCUGCUGACGCUGCCCCUGCUGCGGCAGACGGCCGCCAAGGCCGUGCAGCACUUCUACAGCAUCAAGCUGCAGGGCAAGGUGCCCAUGCACAAACUCUUCCUGGAGAUGCUGGAGGCCAAGGUCUGACGGCCCCGCCCACGGACGGAGAGAUGGACCGACCUACUCGGAGACCUCCACAGCACCAGCCUCGUCCUCUGACCCCUACAUCAUGACUCUGUGCUGUCCCGGAGAAAGGGGUUUCCUGCUUCCGGCCAUGUGUGAAGACUCCCUGUGGGCAGUGGGGGCAGGGGAACAGGGAUAGGAGGGCAGGGGCCCGGGGCUCACCUGCAAUCUGUCAUGGGCUUUGGUAUGUGUUUCCUUCUCUAUGGGUGGCACUGAGGCCUAGGUCAGGGCUGACUCCCCUUGGGACUGGAGUCCACUGAAGGAAGCACCCCUAUCCCGCCAAGCUACUAAGAGGCAGCAUGUCCACUCAGCUUUUGGAACUCUGGCAGCUCAGAUUGGGAACCACCAAGGUUCUCUCAUAGAGGGCAGGUCUUCGGGUCCGGAGCAUCUUCUCGCAGUCUGCCUGCCCUGAUCUCUUUGGGGCCCCUCUGGAUGCGCCACACCUCCACAGUCCAGACGCCUCCCUCCCUUCUUCCCAACAGGGAGCAAUCGCUGGAGUUCUAGGUUUUCCUGGGUGCCACUCUGUCCUCACAUCUGCCAGCCAUUACAGUCCUGUGCUCCUGCUCCCUGCCUCAGAAGAGCAGGGCCUAGGCUUUGCCCUGUGCUUCAACCCUACCCUACCCCCUCUCCUCCAGGGCAGGUCCAGACCAUGGGGCCUGGCCACAUCCAGGGUACCCUGGCUUUGGCAGGGGGCUGGCAGUGCUGGGAGGGGCAAGGGAUGGUGGGGUGAGGCUUCAAGCAUUCUUUGCCAAGCACAGGAAGAAGGUCAGUAGCAGAGAUAAGGUAUAGGGUAAGCCUCGGCAAGGGACUCGGAGCGUCCAGCCUGUCUGGCCCUUGCUGGCAGUUGACACAGAUGCCACUUCCCUGUGUUCUAAAGGGCAAGCGGAUGGUGCCCCUGGAGGGCAGCUUCCUGCCAGUCUUGAACUAAAGACAGGAGUCCAGCGCCUGGGCCAGAUCUCUAGCAGGGUCCUAGCUGCUAUGGAAGGUUGAUUGACCACCCUGCUCCGUCCAGGACUUUUCUUCUGUGUCACGGGAAACCUCUCACCCAAACAUUCGGGCAUGGCCGGUUUCUGUGGGUGCCAGUCUAAAUCCCACUCAAGGGGUUCCCAAUCUGUGCUCAUGGGAUAGCCGAGCAACAGAGGCAGAUCUCCUAAGGGUGAAGGGUUCAAUCCCUGAUGGAACAUGGCCCUGCCAGUCAGCUACUUUCUACACCUGAGCUGGGAGGUGUUGGGGGAGCCCUCUUUCCACUCUGGCCAGGAAAGGCAGGCAGGUCUCAGUCGGCACUGGGACACUUGUCCAGCCCUUCACAAGUGUCUCCUUUGUUUGCUGUCAGCCUGCACGGUGCUGGGACAUGCUAAGGUCCUACAGGAGGCUGAUAAGACCCCACUGUUGCAGGGGCCCUUCCUCAUGUCCCCACGGUGGACACGUCACAGGUCCCAGGUCUCCCUCCCAGUGGAGAAUCUGAAGUCUGGGUCACCAGAUGAGCCAAUGCUGUAGUCAACAGUGCCUGUCUCCUCGCUUUCCACUGCAUUCAUAGCAGAGGCGUCUCCUUGGCAUCCUGAACCCAGGCUAAGCUCUAGCAUACUGGUUAGGGACCAGGGCCUGGCUGGCUGAGGCCUUGAUGGGAGAAGUUGGGGUGUGUGCUGACCUCCCCAAGCUCACGUGUGCAUCUGAGGGGCUCAGGCUUUCUCUGCACUGGCUGGUCUGCCUAUACCAAGCCUUUGUGCCCCAUGUCUUCUGGAGACAGUAAGGGCAUGAGCUCGUUUGGGGGGUGGGGGGCUCUGCAACAGAAGCAACAGGAGACGGGGUGACAAGGGAGCUCCACCCAUGGGAAAGCCUGUUGUGCAGGCCUGCUGGGUCCACGGGAGCCUCCAGAGAAUGUGGGGGUGCCUUGCAGGAGGUGGGGUCUCCCAGGGGAGGCUGGGGCAGGGCAGAGGCUGAGUGGGAGCUGAUGGGGUGUGAUUUUUUUUUUUUAAGAGACCCUGAGCCCUCAAGUAGAACCCAAGUUUAUCCCAAAUCUGCCAUUUCUGGAAGAAAAAUCUGUAAGGAGGAAACAGCCCUUCUCAGUUUUAACUCUGAGACAAACCAAGAAAUAAAACAUAGAAUCCAACCAUGGA